AGUUUUACACUAACGUUAGUAGUUUUCAGUCAUGAAGCAAGAAGAGCAUCUGUGUGGGCGGGGCCAUAUUUACGCUCACCGCGGCGUCACUCGAGCGAUGACAUUACAGCGCUUACGUAGAGACAAUGUCCCUGCCUUUGCUCCAUGAAUCGCCGGUGUGGAUCACGUCUCAGCAUCAAGGUGUAAAGUCAGAAGCUCGAGAGGUUUGAAGGACGUUGAUUUGUUCGUUCUCGCAUGUGGUUGAGUGUAUUCCAGCAACAUGUCCAUCUCCAGCACACCCACCAGUAAUGAUGCCUGUUUGAGCAUCGUCCACAGUCUCAUGUGCCAUCGACAGGGAGGAGAGAGCGAGUCUUUCGCCAAACGAGCCAUAGAAAGUUUGGUGAAGAAGCUGAAAGAGAAGAAAGAUGAGUUAGACUCACUGAUCACUGCCAUCACUACGAACGGAGCUCAUCCCAGUAAAUGUGUGACUAUACAGCGCACCCUAGACGGUAGACUGCAGGUGGCUGGUCGUAAAGGAUUUCCUCAUGUCAUAUACGCACGGCUGUGGCGAUGGCCGGACCUGCACAAGAACGAGCUGAAACAUGUGAAAUACUGCCAGUUUGCCUUUGACCUGAAAUGCGACAGUGUGUGUGUGAACCCAUAUCACUAUGAGAGGGUCGUGUCUCCGAGCAUCGAUCUCUCUGUCCUGACUCUGGGCGGCCCAGGUCCGAGUGGAGAGCUCAUGGUGAAGGAUGAGUUCGAGGGUCAGCCGUCACAUUCAUCUGCUGAUGGAGGUCAUAGUAUUCAAACCAUCCAACAUACUGCCACUUCCUCUGCUCCGCCUGACACUUUCAACAGCCCCGCCCUCCUGCCUCCAGCUGACUCCGCAAGCUCCGCCUCCACUUCUGCAUUCACCAGUAUGGCUGCCGUUCCAACCAAUGCCCCCAGCUCAUGGCCCAGAGGAAGUAGUUUCCCCCCCAGCAUCCCCCAUCAGAACGGCCACCUGCAGCACCACCCUCCUCUGCCUCACACGGGCCAGUAUUGGUCUGUCCACAAUGAGCUGGCGUUCCAGCCGCCUAUAUCCACACAUCCAGCUCCAGAUUACUGGUGCUCGAUUGCGUACUUUGAGAUGGACAUUCAGGUGGGCGAGACGUUUAAGGUGCCCUCCAACUGUCCCGUUGUAACGGUGGACGGUUAUGUGGACCCUUCAGGUGGAGAUCGCUUCUGUCUCGGCCAGCUGAGUAACGUACAUCGCACCGAGGCCAUCGAGAGAGCAAGGCUUCAUAUCGGUAAAGGUGUUCAGCUGGAGUGUAAAGGAGAGGGCGACGUGUGGGUGCGCUGCCUUAGUGACCACGCUGUGUUUGUCCAGAGUUAUUAUCUGGACCGUGAGGCUGGACGAGCUCCGGGUGACGCCGUCCACAAAAUUUACCCCAGUGCCUACAUCAAGGUGUUUGAUUUGCGCCAGUGUCACCGGCAAAUGCAGCAGCAGGCGGCUACGGCUCAGGCUGCGGCGGCUGCGCAGGCGGCUGCGGUGGCUGGAAACAUCCCGGGCCCGGGUUCUGUGGGGGGCAUCGCCCCUGCUAUCAGUCUGUCUGCUGCGGCAGGCAUUGGUGUGGACGACCUGCGACGUCUCUGCAUUCUGCGCAUGAGUUUCGUGAAGGGCUGGGGUCCCGAUUACCCUCGUCAGAGCAUCAAGGAGACUCCGUGCUGGAUAGAAAUUCAUUUACACCGGGCUCUUCAGCUCUUGGACGAGGUUCUGCACACCAUGCCUGUAGCCGACCCACAACCUCUGGACUGAUGUUCGAACAUUUAUUACCUUUACAUUACAGUGCAUAUAGCUCAAAAUGACUCAAAUGACCUCUGACUUCAGCCAUGGCAUCUGGCAUAAGAUUGAAAACCAGCAAUACAUCAAACAACACUAACACUGUUAGAUCAAACAGAACUGUUCAGUCAAACGAGCCUUUUUUAAACCUUAACGAGACCUUCACUUUUGAUGUUCAAACAAGAAAUGGAAAAUGUUUGGAGUGGAGACGUUUAGAAAUGUGUAUUAUAUUGCAUUUAAUCCAGUGUCAUGACUUUGGAUCAGUCAGAUCUAUACAGUGGCCACGUACACUCUGAAUACAGAUGUCACUCCUCUUCAGAGGUGCAACACAAGAUGAACCAUGUGCAAAAAAAAUCUGAACUCAACAAUUUACACAAUGUAGUUUUAUGAACAAUUUAACUAAGAAAUUCGUUCAACUAGUCAUUCAUAGUUUGUAAAACCAUUUCUCUUUAAAUUUAAUUGAAAGGUUUUACACAAAAAUUCAGAAUGAUGUAAAUUGUUGCAUUCAUAAAUGAUGAUUCACAAAAGUAUGUAAAUUAUUGCAUUAAAUUGAAUACAGUAAUUUAAGUAAGAAUGGUUUUAUGAACGAUUUUCACAAAAAUUGUUCUGCCUGUUUCUUUAAUGAGGCAGUUCUCAUAUUUACAGAAAUUUGGGAUUAUGUAAAUUGUUGCAUUCUAUGGAAGCUUGUUUCCGCCAUGAAAUAAAAAAAUAAGAAAGGUAAUUUCAACUUUUUAUCUCACAAUUCUGACUUUUUUCCUCAGAAUUGCUGGUUAUAAAGUCAGAAUUUUGUGAUAUAAAGUCAAAAUUGCGAGAUAUAAAGUCAAAAAUGUGUGACAAAGUCAGAAUUGUGAGUUAUAUAGUCAGAAUUGCAUGAUAUAAAGUCAGAAUUGCAUGAUAUAAAGUCGGAAUUGCGUGAUAUAAAGUUGGAAUUGCGUGAUAUAAAGUCAGAAUUGGUGAUAUAAAGUCGGAAUUGUGUGAUAUAAAGUCAGAAUUGCGUGAUAUAAAGUCGGAAUUGCGUGAUAUAAAGUCGGAAUUGCGUGAUAUAAAGUCAAAAUUGUGUGACAAAGUCAGAAUUGUGAUAUAAAGUCAGAAUUGUGAGUUAUAUAGUCAGAAUUGCAUGAUAUAAAGUCAGAAUUGUGUGAUAUAAAGUCGGAAUUGCGUGAUAUAAAGUUGGAAUUGCAUGAUAUAAAGUCAGAAUUGGUGAUAUAAAGUCGGAAUUGCAUGAUAUAAAGUCAGAAUUGGUGAUACAAAGUCGGAAUUGCGUGAUAUAAAGUCAAAAUUGUGUGACAAAGUCAGAAUUGUGAUAUAAAGUCAGAAUUGUGAGUUAUAUAGUCAGAAUUGCAUGAUAUAAAGUCAGAAUUGUGUGAUAUAAAGUCGGAAUUGCGUGAUAUAAAGUUGGAAUUGCAUGAUAUAAAGUCAGAAUUGGUGAUAUAAAGUCGGAAUUGGUGAUAUAAAGUCGGAAUUGCGUGAUAUGAAGUCAGAAUUGCGAGUUAUAAAGUCAGAAUUGUGUGAUAUAAAGUCAGAAUUGAAAUAUAAACUCGCAAUUCUGAAAAAGUCGCAAUUACCUUUUUUAUUUUUUAAUUUAGUGGUGGAAACAAGCUUCCAUAGCGUUCAAUUUAAAGCAACAAGUUGUAUACGAAUUUACACAUUUACAUUUACUCACAUUCGUUCAGCUUGUUUCGUGAUUGAUCAAGCAUUCUUCUAUAACUUUAAGAAUUGCUUUACAAAACAUUUACACUAAAAAUUCAGAGUUAUGUAAAUUGUUGCUUUCUAUACUCUAAAAAUGGUUUUUACAAACCAUUCUAUAUGCAAUUCAUUAAAUAUAUACACAAUUAACAAUUUACAUAUACACUUCAAUGCAACAGUCUACAGGCUUUUAUGAACAGUUUCCACAAAAAUGUGUUCAGCUUGUGUUUGGCACUUCUAAAUCUCAGUGAGUAUGUGGCCAGAAUAUUGUCCUUUGUGUGUGUGUGUUUUAACUCCUAUCCAUUAUUUUUUUAUAACACUAAUGUUCACUCAUUUAUAUCAAGCACUUGGUUACUUUAUAUCACUUGUAAAGGUUGUUUUCCCUGGAACAGGCCUCCAUCUCAACAUUAUCGAUCAUUUCUCUGUCUCAGUAUGGCUGAUUCUUUCAGAGACCAGACAAUGAGUGCAUUCACAAUAAAAACAGGCUCAUCUUGCUUCUAGAUGUCUGUUUGACACUAUCAGAAGACAUGAAAUAUGAUUUCUUUGAGAUGGGGCCAAAUAUAUUUUGUCUUUGAUAUAAAACUCCAUUUAGCUCAGGUGGUUUAGAUCAGAUAUCUUGAAUAACUGAUUAUUUUAUUGUACAAACCACUUUUGUCUGGUCUUGUUUUAACUGUAUGUGCAUUUGUUUAUCUUUUUUCUUAAUGAUGCAUGUUUAUGUUGGCAUGGAGACGGAGCAACCUGUGAUAAUCAAACAGUUGGCAACAGCUUUGAAUCUGAAGGUGUGUUCAGAAAUUUUGCAGUAUGUAUAUUGUUCACAGUGCAUAUAUGAAUAAUGCAUAAUGCUCAAUUUGACCUUCUAUUUUCAGUACGACUAAGUAAUAUUGAAGUACUGAAAUAAUAUGAGCCAUGAUUUUCACAUUAAAUAUAUUAUUACAUAAAAUAAGAUUACAAAUGCAUUAAUUUUCAAGAUGAUAACUGGAUGCCAUUUGCUGAAUUAAACAUGCAACUUGGCUCAACUUGACAAAAAUAUAACAAAGUACAGUUUUAACCCUCUGGUGCUCCUCACGUUCAAAAAUGACUGAAAUUCUUGAAAUGAAUAUACUACAUUUUAUUUUGAUGUUUUUUAUUUAAUAUUUUGUAUUUUUAGGGGAUUUUAUGGUAUUUAAUUUAUCCAAUUUUAAACAUAGGCCUGAAAAUGAAAUUUCCAACUUAAACUGUCAUAAAUCUUAAAUGCACAGACAUAAGUUUGGUCUCUUUUUAAAGGCGACACUUGGCAGAUUAUUUCUGAAGUGAAGAAAGUUUUUAAAAAAGUGAAUGUAAAAAAAUGUAUUUAAGUUUAUUGUUAUGAAAAAUGCACAAAAUUUAAAAUUUUUAUAUGAAAUAUAGGGGUGAAUUCAGGGACACAUUUUGCCAUUGAGAUGUGUCCCAAUAAACCUGAAUUCACCCUAUAUUUUCCAAAACAUGUUUUACUCUAAAACUCCAAGAAAAUCAAAGCCAUAAAUCUGAACAAGUUGUGUUCCAAAUUUGAGGUUGAUAUCUCAAAAAAUUAGUUUUUAGUAAGAUUUUGUUUGGCCGCAGUACCAAACGUUUCCACUAGAUGAAAUUCGUUUUUCAUUCAAUUCCAUUGCGGCCAUUUUUGACCGUGAGGAGUACAAGUGUGACUAUUUUUUCAGGACCAAUUAACUUUUUCAAAUCAUGUCCAUGAUUUUUUUUUUUUUUUUCACAUAGCAAGUGCCAAAACCUUUACCAAGUUUCGUACCAUUCCGAUGGUUCUAAAAAAAAAAAAAAAGUAACCUUUUUUUUCCGUCAAAAACGACUGAAGAGCACUGGUUAAAUGUUUAGCAUUGAAAUAUUACAAACUGUUUCACAUAUUUAAAAAAAGAACAGUAUGUAGUAUAUAGUAUGUAUGCUAGUAUUCCAUUCUGAAUACAACUGUAUGUCAACCAGAGACAGUUGAAGUGUGUGUGUGUGUGUGUGUGUGUGUGUGUGUGUGUGAAUGAGUGACUUGUUGAGCAGGUUGUUCAGGCUGAUGGAGAAGUUUUCCACUGUUUCUUCACUUUUUAGAGUUUUUCUGUUAAUGUUCUUUUGACACGUACAUCAACAUAAUGACUUUAUCUGAUCAACAGAAGACUGAUAUCACCAUAUGACUGAAACAUGCUGUAGAUAUGAGAAUACAAUAAUUUUGAUUACUUUGUCAUUAAUGUAAUUUUAACAAUGAAAACGUUCUCUCUGAAACUAUUAAAUGUGAUGAUCUGGUUUGUA